AUGGCUGUUAGCGCUUUCGGCGUAUUUGGCGAAACCAUGCGCGCUGUCGUCUUCAGUGGCAUCCCAUACAAUAUGACGGUUCAAGACGUCCCGGUGCCAACUAUCCUAAACCAAACGGAUGCGAUUGUCAAAAUCACUACGGCUGCUAUCUGCGGCUCAGACCUACACUACUACCACGGCGUCCUAGGUGGGGGUGAGGUGCCCUUCACGGUUGGCCACGAGGGUGUUGGGUAUAUCGCCGAGAUUGGCGAGGCUGUGACUCGCUUUGAGGUUGGCGAUUACGUCGUUAUUCCAGAUUCUAUUUCUCAUAGUGGACUUGAGAUGGGGCCGCCAACUGAUGCCAACCCCGGUGCUGGCGGUGGGAUAGGUGGCUUGCAAGCCGAAUAUGCCCGCAUUCCGUGGGCCGACAAGAACCUCGUUCCCAUCCCCUUGACACGAAACACAACAAACCACACUAUCGAGCAAGACUUUGUUACUGUUUCAGAUAUUUUUGCCACUGGCUGGUCUGCCCUUUCGUGGUCUGGCUUCGUUCCCGGAGAUACAGUUGCGGUCUUUGGUGCUGGGCCAGUCGGACUUCUCGCUAUUCACUCCGCAGUUAUUCGGGGCGCAUCUCGCAUUUACGCAGUUGACCACGUUCAGCAACGACUUGAUGUCGCCGCCACUGCCGGUGCUAUCCCUAUUAAUUUUGUUACUUCCGAUCCGGUCGCUCAGAUCCUACAGCAUGAACCCAACGGUGUCAUUCGUAGUAUUGAUGCUGUUGGCAUGGAGUCGCUCAAUGCAGACCUCGAGGUCGAUAGCGACAUUGUGCUCCAACAGGCUUUGCAAAUCACUCGAAGGGAGGGUGGAGUUGGUAUUGUUGGUGUGUACCAAGCCGGUCCCAAUUCACAAAUGGCGCAGCGCGGCAGCACACUCUCCCCUAAUGCAAGUCUCUCCAUGACGGAGCUCUGGGGCAAAGGCAUACAGAUUCAUGCUGGGCCAGUGGAUCCCAAGGAUAAUGCACCUGAGCUCGUCCGCUUGAUUGCCGAUGGCAAAGCUCGCCCCAGCUUCCUCAAUGGAGUAGAGAUCGGCAUCGAGGAGUCCCCUGAUUACUAUCGGCGAUUCGACCAUCAACAAGAAGUCAAGGUCUUCAUUCACUUUGACUGA